AUGGCUCUAGGUGGCCUAUUCACAUGUGUUGCACAGCAACUUCAUGUCAACAUCGAAUUCACUGGAGACUAUAAGAUCACUCAUGUUCAUUCGAAAUAUAAAUAUGAACCUGAGCAAUUACCCUCGACAAAACUCAAUGUCAAGUUACAUGAUUUGAAUGCCGAAGAAAAGCUAAAUCUUGUAUUUCAAUUACAUGUACCCAAAGUAGAUAAUAAUGAACAAAAUAUAGACAUGAUAAGUCAACAACCAAUGUCAUUGACUCAAUCUUCAGAAGAAAUACAACUAUUUGAAAACCAGAUCAUUGGUCAUGUGACUGUUAUCUACGUGGAUCCCAAUACUAGUCGCACAAUAACAACAAAUCCAGUUUCUUUCAAUUUAGUACGAGGUUCUCAUCUUCCAAAUGAUCUUCUUCGCGUCAAUCAUGUGCUUGACAUUCAACGAAAUCGAGUAGAAACGGCACAUGCACUCGAACGAGCAAUGGCUGAGGAUGACUAUCGACAAUCUCGUGCUAUUCUCAAAGCUCAAGUAGACAAGAUCAAUGCCAGUGUAUCUGCACAAGAUCUCUUCUGUCGUAAGCUAAUUAAAGAUCUUGAAUAUCACUAUCCAACAGAACGUGACUAUCGAUCAUCCCAACAGAAUAAUUAUAUGUGCCAUAGAACGGAACGAGGUACAUACGCUCCGUCAAGCAAUACUAGUUCAAUGCGAUACGCUAAUCAGUGUCAAGUGCGAAUGGCUCGUGCUUUUAACAAAAGAAAAAAUUCAAAAAAGUCAGAACAGUAG